AUGCAGUGUGACGGACACAAUGGGCACGACAGACUUGCUGCAUCAACAGGCUUUUUGCUGCUGUGGCCAGAAAUAAACCAUAAAUACCCCCGCUGGCCUCCACCGACCCGCUCGCCAGGCCUGCACACCCACACCCUCACACUGAGACAAACAGUAAAGAGAGAUAAGACAGAGGAAAGACAGAGAGCGAGGCUCCUACGUGGUGCAGUGAAGCACAAGCCAUCCAGAGGGAAAAUGACAGAACAGCAGGGAACCCCAGACCAGCUGCCUGCACACAAGGGCCAAGGAGGAGCCGGUGCAACAUAUAAGUUGGCGGUUUUUGAGUUUGAGAACUUUCGUGGGAAGAAGGUGGAGUUGUCUGGUGAAUGUAAAGACCUGUGGGAGAAGACACAGCAAGUUGGCUCAGUCAUCGUGGAGUCUGGACCGUGGGUUGGGUUUGAGCGUCCAGGUUUUGCAGGAGAGCAGUAUGUGUUGGAGAGAGGAGAGUAUCCUCGCUGGAGCACCUGGACCAACUGGAUCAACUGGCAGAGUACCUACAGCCUGAGCUCAUUCAGGCCCCUGAAAGUGGACAGUGCAGAUCACAAGCUACACCUCUUUGAGAUGGCAGGCUUUGAAGGCAGAAAGAUGGAGAUAGUUGAUGAUGAUGUCCCCAGUCUGUGGGCGUAUGGUUUCCAGGACCGUGUGGCUAGUGCUAAGGUUGUCAGUGGAACGUGGGUGGGAUACAGGUAUCCAGGCUACAGAGGGAGCCAGUACGUGUUUGAGCAUGGAGACUUCAAGCACUGGAAUGAUUGGGGAGCCACUGCACCUCAAAUCCAGUCCGUCCGACGGGUGCGGGACAUGCAGUGGCACAAGAAAGGGUGCUACAUUCCCCCUGCCCCUACGCCUCCCAACCCCAACCCUAACCCCAAUCCCAACCCAAACCCAAACCCCAACCCCAACCCCAACCCCAAUCCCGAUCCUAAACUCAAACCCAAUCCCAGUCCCAACCCCAAAUCACAAACACAACCCCAAUCUUAAUGCCACACCUCCCGCACCACCUACAGCAACCGGGGCAAGAUGAAGGCAGCGAGCCAGGAGCCAUUCUCACCAACAUAACAACUCUUAGUUUAGACUAUCUGACCGUGCAAUUCUGGAAAACCGGAACUGACAAACAUGUAUCUCUGUUGGAAAUAAAAAGAUUUGGCCCUAA